CGCCCAGAUGCAGAACGCGGAAGUAAGAAUUCACCAUGUUGUGGUAGCUUUUUAAAUACAUUCAUCGAGGAUGUGGGCUACAUUUUAUAUCCGAUUAAUAUAGGACGAUUCGUCUAUUAUAAACGGAGAUUUGUUUUGAACCGAAGUAAAGUGCGGAAAUGUCAAGUCAGAAGGAAUUGAAGGAGGCGUUCGUCAGCAAUCUGAAUGGGACCAGCCUUGGGGAAGUUGCCCUGGGCUCCUUUCUGGCCCCACUGUGCCUGAUCAGCAGAGGACUGUUUCUGAUUCUAUACCAUCUGGGUAGGGGGGUGCUCCCCCUCCCCUGGAUCGCCCACCUCGUCCUGGACUUCUCCAUGAUCAUCCUGCCCCUGGUCUUAUCAUGCACCGUUCUGAGUGACAUCCUUCACCUAGUCAUCCUGGGCCUGACUGUUGUGUCUGGGGCUGUGCUAUGCUAUAUCUACCGUACCAAAAGGCCAACCAGGCCCAGCGCAACUUCUAAGGACACUGCUGCCAAGAGCUUCCUCCAGAGCCAUGUUCAGUGCGACCAGGUGCCCUUUGUGACGAUCUUUCGAGUCCUGGUCAAUGUGAAAACGGCCAUUAGCAUUCUAGCUGUCGACUUCAGCGUGUUCCCAAGACGCUAUGCAAAAACGGAAACCUAUGGAACGGGGGUUAUGGACUUUGGUGUUGGAGCCUAUGUCCUCGCCAACGCCCUGGUCUGCCCAGAGGCACGGAGGAAGGAAGUCUCAGGAUCCAAGUUAAGCCAAGUGGUUAAACAGCUCGUGUCUGUCUGGCCCCUGGUCAUUCUAGGCUUGGCCAGGCUGGUGAGUGUGAAAAUGGCUGGUUACCACGAGCACGUGUCUGAGUACGGCGUGCACUGGAAUUUCUUCUUCACCCUAGCCAUAGUCCGAGUGGCAGCCUCUGUGCUGUUGGCUCUGUUCCCUGUCAACGGGUCAUGGCUCCUGGCCCUUCUGAUUGGAGGACUUUACCAAGUGACCCUGGAGAUGUCUGGACUGAAGUAUUCCAUCAUCCACAACAAUGACAGGACGGGAGGCUUUCUGCAAGCCAACAUGGAGGGGGUUUCAUCUGUUGUGGGCUACAUAGCCAUCUAUAUGGCAGGGGUCCAGAUUGGACUGUAUGUAAUGCGACCAAGGACACAAGUCAAAGAGUGGAUCAGAGUGAUUUGGAAUCUCUUAUUGGGAAGUGCUGUGUUGUAUACUGGCUUGAUCCUGUGUCAGGCCUCUGUUGAGCCAGUGUCUCGCAGGAUGGCCAAUCUCCCGUUCUGCCUCUGGACCAUUGCCCAGUCCAUGUUUUUCUUGUCCUGUUUAGCAACUGCUGAUGUUAUUUUGUUUUUUAUGAAAACGGUAUCAGGUUGCGUAUUGGUGUCGUCUUCCUGGUAUCCUUGUAGAAAGGAAGCCUCUGUAUCUGAGGAGAAAAUGGAGAAGAAAGUUGAAAGUCUUUGUCUCAUUCAAGCUGUGAACCGUAAUCAAUUGUUGUUUUUCAUGCUUGCCAAUUUACUGACUGGAAUCACAAAUGUGCUAGUAGAUACAUUCAAUAGUAGUGAUUACAUUUCUGUGUGUGUUUUGCUGUCAUACAUGUUCAUAAAUAGUUUUGCAAUAUAUAUUUUACAUCUCAUGAAAAUCACAGUAAAAUUCUGGUAAGCACAGUGCCAUUCUCUUUACAAUGCCUGCCUGUUCUUCCUAUUGUAACUAAGUCGUAGACUUAUUCCAAUACACUGUAGUGUUUUGUUACAUUGUUUUCCAUAUUAUAGUUGGUGUUAAAGGUCCCGAACAGUCAUUCUGAUUCCCAUGUAAAAUAGCCUUUUGAGUAACUAAAAUAUCACCCAUGAUUUAAUUUACAUUUUUCUCUCAUGGCUCACUACCAGGAAGUUAGAAAAUACAGGCUGAGUGGGCAGGGAUCUUAUAUUCAUGAGCUCCCCUUGACAGACAGCUCUUUGAAACGCCUAUGUCAAGCAACGUGGACACAGUGUUGCAGUAAAAUCAUCUCAAGCAAAUUUUGGUGAAACACAAAACAACUCAAAACAUCACUAACCACCUUUUCAUCCAGGUUUAAUGUGGGUGAAGUCAUACCGUAUUAAAAUAAAAUCAUGACAAGCUGUGGUGAAAACUGGUAGUUUCAGGACAAUCUUUGUAAAUGCCGACAGAAUUUGUUCGUUCGACAUGCUGGGAUCUUUUUGUGUCUGUAAAAUUAAUUAUGUGAGAAAUGGUGUUGGAAAUGCCUUUAUGUGCAAAACUAUCAAAGUUAACUUGGAGUCACUCGAUGAUAUGUUGUGUGGUACGCCCACUAUGACCCCUUGGAACCGUGCAGUUUAUUAGGCGACAGAUUAAAUAAAUGAUGAACUUCACAGGGUGGUGAAAGUGCACGGUGAUGUGAGUUUAUGCACAAAAUAAGAAUUUGGAUUUACUUCAAUCAUUCAUUCAAUUUUGGACAGAAGCUACACCUAAUGAAAACAGGUUAUUUUUACUUUCAAUUAUUAUUACAGAUAUACUUAAUUUACUUGUGUUGUUCAAACACUAUUGAAUUGAGAAAUAGUAAAUGUGUCACAGAUUGACCAAAUGUAUUUAAGUAUUUGUGUUUCUAACACAACUGGGUCAGAAAGCAUGCAGUUUAUUAGGCUACAGAUGAAAUAAGUUAUGAUGAACCUCACAAGGUGGUGAAUGUGCACGGUGAUGGACUUGAUGUUCCUUUCCAAUAAAUAUCGAGGGUCUUAUUCUGAUGACAUGAUGAUCGAUGCUUGGCUGCUGUUGAAACAAAUACUCUUUUUUUAAAUCCCAUCAUGUAGACUAUACCCACAUUGUAUCUGCCAGCUAUUGGCAGGGGCGGCAGGGUAGCCUAGUGGUUAGAGUGUUGGACUAGUAAUCGAAAGGUUACAAGUUCAAAUCCCCGAGCUGACAUGGUACAAAUCUGUCGUUCUGCCCCUGAACAGGCAGUUAACCCACUGUUCCUAGGCCGUCAUUGAAAAUAAGAAUUUGUUCUUAACUGACUUGCCUAGUUAAAUAAAGGUAAAAAAAAAAACAGAUGUUUUGUGACAAAACCUUCAGUAGAGUUGAGAAUGUGAUAGAAACCCAUUUCGCUUGUAUUUUUUAUUUGGUUCGUGGGAAUUGAACAGCGAAAGUAAUUUUGAUGUGCACAACGUCAUCACGCACAGCCAAGUAAAUUUGAUGGAAAAUACAUCUCUGGUGGGGAAAUGCACAUAUUGUUUUUUAUGCAGAUUUUAGAAUAUUAGCAUGAAAAUCGGUCGCCAUUUGGAUGAAAACCUAGCUAUUGAUGUCAAUUUGUUUUAUGCUUCUCCCGUUUGGCAUGUCUGUUGCUAUGUGGUUUACAGCAGCACUGACGGAUGUAUUGACAUGACAACUGUGUCAGAGUUUAGACAGUCAUUAGCUAAUACCUUACACAGAUGAAGACCUAGCUAGCCAGUAACUAGCUAACACUAUAGACGAAUAGUAUAAACCACGCCCCUCGGCAAACACGCCUUCUCCGAUGUUGGUCACAAGGCGGGUCCUUAUUUAAGAGAAUAUCAUGUUACCAUUGGUGUAUUAAAAUGAUAAUUCGGGUGAUGUCAACCUAUCCCCUUAAUAUUCCCGCCUCCUGAAUCCAAGUGUUUGAUAUGGGGAGGGGACCAGUAACUUUAUGAUCCAAUUUUAUCAAUGUAGAAUCAACAGUAAUUUUUCAUAAUUUGGUCAUCAAUACUUUGGUCUGGUUUCAUCCAAACAUCAUCACAUUUCGUGAAAAACAUGAUUUUGACUGUUCAUGACCUUUAAAGCAAAAGUUGCCAUUGUAAAUAUUAUGCAAAUAUGUUGUACAAAUAUGAUCUCUUGAUAAUAAACUGCUUUGAAAUG